ACACACCAUCUUGAUAUCCCUUCCUGCCUACUCAGUUCUUUCUUUGUAUUUAGAAGUACUACUGAUCAUCUAGCUCUGAAAUGGCUGCAGGACAGACAUGGACAGCAAAGCAAAACAAGCUGUUUGAGAAUGCUUUGGCCAUAUAUGACAAGGACACCCCAGACAGAUGGCAAAAUCUAGCCAGAGCUGUAGGUGGAAAAUCCGUGGAGGAAGUGAAGAGACAUUACCAGGAUCUUGUUGAAGAUCUCAGGCAGAUUGAGACUGGCCAUGUCCCACUGCCCAAUUACAGAUCCAGGACUGGAGGGAACAACAUCAAAAGUCACAGUACUCAUCCGCAUGGAUGAAGAAGAAAGGCUGAAGGGGCUCCAAUGAAGCCCUGAAUAAAAGAAGCUAUCCCUCAAUAGAAGAAGCUAUCUACAAUAUGCAAAAAAUGGGACUACGUUACGUUUCAACAACUUCCUAUGCAGUUAU